CUAUGUAAGGAGAGGGAGACAGCAGACAGCUCAGAGCGCAGCAGGAGCGCCACGUAUGCGCAGGAGAGAGGGGCUGCUUGCCCGGUGCUUCGGACCAAUAUGGACAAGCGGAUCCUGGAAGGAUUUGUGGCUGAAUUCAUUAUUCGUCUCUUGCUAUUGGGAAUAUUCCUGAUCUCUGAAACAAUGCAUCCGUUUGAGCGACUAAUCCAGCCGGAGGAGAUGUGGCUUUACAGGAACCCAUACGUGGUAUCUGACCGUGUCCCAACCAACAGCAUGUUUCUCAUCUCCUUCCUAACACCUCUGUUGGUGGUGGUUCUGGCACGGGUUUUCUGGAAAGCAGAUAACACAGACGCACGAGAAGCUGGCCUUGCUGCAAGUCUCUCUCUUGCCCUGAAUGGAAUCUUCACCAAUACAGUGAAACUUAUCGUUGGCAGACCUCGCCCAGACUUCCUGUCCCGUUGCUUCCCAGAUGGCCGCGAAUCUCCAGAGUUUCAUUGCACCGGUGAUCCGGAGCUGGUCAUAGAGGGAAGGAAGAGUUUCCCCAGCGGCCAUGCUUCUUUUGCCUUUGCAGGGUUGGGGUUUACAGCCCUGUACCUUGCUGGCAAGCUCCGAUGUUUCUCUUCAUACGGCCGUGGCCAUUCAUGGAGACUGUGCACCUCCCUGAUCCCGCUGCUUUGUGCUAUUGCCAUUGCUCUGUCCAGGACCUGUGACUACAAGCACCAUUGGCAAGAUGUGGUGGUUGGAGCCUUCAUAGGACUGUUCUUUGCCUACCUUUGCUACAGACAGUAUUACCCUCCCUUAGCAGACCGGGACUGUCACCAACCUUACAGGAACAAGGGGCGCAUAUCGGUGGCACAGGAGAGGAAGCUCAGCACGCCCGGAUACAGCCUGGACGUUUAACCCCCGGCAGCCGGCUAGCAAGAACUACCCAUAGAUUUAGAUUGCUACCUCAGCAGCUCCUUGUUGCACCCAGUGGAUAUUCCCACACAGUAGAUGGAGCUGCAGACUUCUUGGUCAGGGUGUGCACCUGUAGGUGCCCAGUGCUGUGAAAAAGGGAAGGUGUGUGUGAAGGAGAGACUCUGACUUUCUAUAUCCGCUGUCUGUACAAUGCCCACAGGCUGCUUGGCAUUCUCACCCAGAACUGAAGACACUGCCCAAUGAGGGUGCUUUGAAUUGCAGACAGAAUGGGAUUAAUUCCUUCAGUAUUUUCAUUUUUUUUUUUUAAAAGGUUUUAGUAUUGAUUAGGUUACAUUCCACAGAAUAGAGCAUUUUAUACCGCUGACAUCUUUAUUUUCAUUCCACAGAGACUACAGGAGUUAAAGGGUCCAGCAGUUCAGUGGCACGGUUGUAUCAUGUUCUAAACACACACAGGCCUCUGAGGCUUCCAUGUUUAUAUCGUGCUAGUAUGUAUCCUGGUUUCUGAGCCAGAUACAGUUCUGUAUGAAGUGCAGGAAGCGGGGCUGCCCCGUGCCAUAGGCACUACAGUGUGUGCAUUCUUAAAACACGCUGCUGUGUAAGUGCAUAGGUAGAAGGGGCCAUAAGCUUAGUUUACCUCAUUUAAGGAAAGGUUCUUACGUUUAAAAAAAAUAGCCAAAUACCUCGUACCUGCUUAAUAUGAUAUAUAUUAUAGCAGCACUCUCUAGUUGUUCUAUACCAACCCCAGCAGAUAGAUGGAGUGGACGCUUUAUAGCCAAAGGAUUCAGACACUGCCUGUCCAACAUCCUGUUCCCAAACCAAGGGAAUUAAUAUAGCAGAAAAGGAAGAAAAACUCCAUAUCAGCCCCUUGGCUUCUGGGAAGGUUCCCACUAGAUGUUGGAACACUGGGGAUUUGCUGCCAUUUAGCCACAGGAACAUUAGUGAGGUUGGGGACCAUGCUGGGCUUGCAGUCAGGGUUCCAGUUCAUCCCACAGAUAUUCAGUUGGGUUGAGGUCAGGGCUCUGUGUAGGACAGUCAAGUUCUUCCGCUCCCAUCUUUGCAAAGCUAUUCUGUUAGGGCCUGGCUCUGUGCAUAGGGGUGUUAAUGUGCUGAAACAGGAAAGAGCCUUCCCCAAAGUGAGCCAAAAAGUUGGAAGCAUGGAAAUGAGAACUGUAACCAUAUGUUUGGUUUUGAGUGGCCCUAGCCCAAAUAGAACAGGCCAAGACCAUUACAUUCCAGUGUAAGCCAUAAAGCUCAACUGUGCCAGAGGUGUGUGUGUGUGCCAGGCCUCGCUCGAGGUAUGCUUGAAGUUGUUAUAGAAAACAAUAAAACGGUCAGCAGAUGCAGCUGACAUUAAUUCCAUUCCUGGCGCCAGAGUUAAGGGGAACUCCUAUCACACUGAGCCAGGAUCACAGUCACUCCCUGGGUCCAGCUUGCUGCUUUCCUGUAGUGAUCGGGAUCAGCUGGCUGUAUAAUCAUUUUAUAAGUGCAUAAUGUUAAGUAUGUAUAUACUAUAUAAGCUCUGCUCAGCCCCGUUGCUAGGGCACAAAUAGAGGAAUACACAAGACACAUGCUGCACUCUGUAGCUCCAGCCAUAUACAUUGUUCCUACUAUUUUGCUAAAGCCCAGCCAUACAAUGCUGCUGUCAGACAGCUGAGAUUCCAGAAGCCGGUGGUGUGACACUGUGAAGAUCGGCUCUGCUGUCAGACAUUUCAUUCAGUCUCUCUUAGCCUGACUUCCAUGUUAGACUAUUGAGGCUGGCUCUAGUCUUGUUACAGCUAAAUAGCUGCUUAGCCAUUCCUAGAAUAUUUCUAUAUAUGCCUGCAGAUUGUGGGUAGGAUUUACAGCUGCAGGUCGGGUUGUGGGUCUAAUUUAGAUUUCUUACUGUAUAUUAUCCACUUGUAAACAUUUUUUGAACUGUGCUUUUUUUCUAGCUCUGCCAGCUCUGAUUAUGUCACUUCCAGUUUGCAGCAACAGCACUUCCUGUUUAAUGGUGAUCAGUGGGUCAUGGAUUGGAUUGCGGAUAAGGCAGUUGUGGGUUAGUUUGCAGGUAAAAAAUGCUGGUUGCUGGUCUGGGUUUCAAAGGUUGGUUCUGCACAGGACUCAGGCUUGUAUAUGAAGGGAAAGUGCUUCCCCAGCCGGUGUCACUGGCAUAACGUGUGCAACUGCCCCCCCCCACACACACAUAUAUACGCGGAGCAGCGCUGGGCAGGAAGGUGCGCGCCUCAUACACCAUAUGUAGCAUUUAGAAAUAUUACACAUUUUUUACAGUACAAACCCUUUUAUUAAAUGAAAUGUUGCUAAAUGUGCUAUAUAAUAAAACUUGGUUUGGAAA